UUAAACGUCCAGGAGAAGUAUAAGGACAAUCCCUUUCACAAUUUCCAUCAUUCGUUCUCGGUCAUUCAAAUGAUGCAUGGACUGGUCCACCUCUGUGAACUCCAGGAACAGCUCGCUCCCAUCGAAAUCCUCAUUCUGAUCACCUCCGCUAUCUGUCACGACUUAGACCGCCCUGGACUCAACAAUGUGCAAGCAGCCACUGAGUUGUGGAGCCGAUACGGAGAUCGCUCGUCGCUGGAACAAUAUCAUUGCGCGGUCGCUUUUCAGAUCCUGGCUGAGGAGGAGUGCGAUAUAUUCGCCGGAACGGCCGAGGGAGAGGCCGCUGAGAUCCACAAGGUGAAGGGGAGAGGGGGAGAGGGGAGGAGACUGGACGACAUGCUCCUGUCUCCUCUGAGGGCCACACGAGAUGAAUACCAGUAA